AUGGCGGCGCGGCUGCUCCCGCUGCUCCCGCUGCUGCUGCGCUGGGCCCGGCCCGUCCAGGGCACCGCCCCGCCGGGCGGCGGAUGGCUGGCGGGCUCGGUGCCGGAGGAGGAGCGCUGCACCGUGGAGCGGGUCGAUGCCUCCCUCACAUACUCCCUCUUCCUGCAGCGGUUCGCCUUCUCCCGGCCGGUGAUCCUCGGCGGGGUCACGGACAACUCGGCGUUCCGAGCCCUGUGCACCCGGGAGAAGCUGCUGGCGGCGUUCGGGCCGCUCCCGGUGCGGCUCAGCACGGCCAACACCUACUCGUACCGCAAAGUGGAUGUGCCGUUCCAGGAGUACGUGGAGCGGCUGCUGCAGCCGCAGGACCCGGCCCGGCUGGGCAGUGACACCCUGUACUUCUUCGGCGACAACAACUUCACCGAGUGGGGCCCCCUGUUCCAACACUACGUGCCCCCUCCGUUCCGCAUCCCGGGCACCAGCCCUGCCUACAGCUUCGGGAUCGCAGGCUCAGGCUCCGGUGUUCCCUUUCACUGGCACGGCCCCGGUUUCUCCGAGGUGAUUUUUGGCAGGAAGCGCUGGUUCCUGUACCCCCCGGAUAAAACCCCCCACUUCCACCCCAACGAGACGACGCUGGCCUGGCUCCAGCACACGUACCCCACGCUGCCCCCUGCCCAGCGCCCGCUCGAGUGCACCCUGCGCCCCGGGGAGGUCCUGUACUUCCCUGACCGCUGGUGGCACGCGACACUCAACCUGGACACCAGUGUCUUCAUCUCCACCUUCCUUGGGUAGGGCCAGGAAGGACAAGGAUGUGUCACCAUCAUCCUGGACACGGCAGGAAUUCCUGCCACCCUCAGGGAAAGGCAACUGGUUUGGGGACCAACUGCCUGAGAAAGUUCUGGUUUUUACUGGUCUUUUUCCUCCCCCUUGGAUUAAAGUUGUUCUACUGUAGCCAUUGUGUGUUGCUACAUCCCCCCUCCCACUGGCUCCCGAGCCAGGAUAUCCCCAGAAAUCACUGCUGUGAACCACUUCAGCUCCUUUUCCACAUUUAUUGCUGAUUUUUUUUUAAUUAUUUUUAUAUAUAUAUAUUUUUUAAUGGACAUUGGCAAACUUCCAGGGGGUGCUCAAAAAGCCAGGCAGGCUGUGGGCCGACCAAAAUGCUGGAACCUCAGUUGGAUACAGAUUUGUUGGUUAUUUUUUGUGGUGUUUUUUAAGGGAUUUAAUUAAAGGAGUAAGAACCUUAA